AUGAGUUUUCUAACAGGCUCUCCUAAGAGUUCUUGGCAACCCAUUAUGACAGUGAAGACAAAUACUCAGAGUUAUUGGUUUAAUUGGAGGGUUUUGCUUUGUGGGAUUUGGGUUAUUCUUUCAAUCAUUUUCUCAUCAUUGCUUAUAUGGAAAUAUGAAAAAGGUUUGAGAAAUGUUGAGGCAAGAAAUGGUAGUGAUAGUGAAAGGGAGAGACAAGAAGAGAAUUCAGCAGUUUUGUAUGAGGAUGAAACUUGGAAGCCUUGUUUGAAAGGAAUUCAUCCUACUUGGCUUUUGGCUUUUAGAGUUUUUGCUUUUUUUGUGCUCUUGGUUCUUCUUGCUGCUAAUGCUGCUGUUGAUGGUGGAAGCAUUUUCUAUUAUUAUACUCAGUGGACAUUUACUUCAAUCACAUUUUACUUUGGGUUAGGAUCAAUACUCUCCAUGCAUGGGUGUUACCAACAUCAUAAGAAAGCGGGUGGCGAUAGUAAAGUUGAUAAUGUGGAUGGAGAUGCAGAACAAGGAAUGUAUAAUGUUCAUAUCCUUCCACCAAGUUUUUAUGCAUCAGACCAAGAGAAAAAUUUGGGAGUACCAGAAGAAGUUUUAGUUCGCCAACAUUCUGGAACUUGGGGUUAUAUUUUUCAAAUAAUAUUCCAGAUAAAUGCAGGUGCUGCAUUGCUCACUGAUUGUGUAUUUUGGUUUGUAUUUGUUCCAUUUCUAACCAUCAAAGAUUACAAUCUAAAUUUUUUGAUAAUCAUUAUGCACUCAAUCAAUGCUGUUUUCCUCAUUGGUGAUACAGCUUUAAAUUGCUUGCCUUUCCCUUGGUUUCGAAUGGGAUACUUUUGCUUAUGGACAGUCACAUAUGUGAUAUUCCAAUGGAUUGUUCAUGCUUGCAUUAAUCUCUGGUGGCCUUAUCCAUUUCUUGACUUAUCAUCCUCAUUUGCUCCACUAUGGUACUUUGCUGUGGCAUUACUGCAUAUUCCUUGCUAUGGUAUUUUCACUUUGGUAAUGAAGCUGAAACAUUACGUCUUGUCAACGUGCUACCCCGACUCAUAUCAAGGUGCUAGAUGA